AUGCUCAUCGCCUACUGUGCUGAUUCUUGCAGAGUGGUCAUUGACAAUGACGCGUGUGACAACGCAACUGUCAUCCGGGUCGACAGGGUCAAGAAGCAUGGCAUUUUACUAGAAGCAGUUCAAGUCCUUGUCGAUCUCAACCUCGUCAUCACCAUGGCUUACAUUUCUUCGGACGGAAAUUGGUUCAUGGAUGUGUUCAAUGUGACCGAUCAGGACGGGAGUAAGCUUCAGAACAUGGAGGUCAUGGACCAUAUUCAGAAAACGCCUUACCCUUGUGGUCUUCAACAGUGCCUGGAAUCAGACGGCUACCUUGCGCCUCUGGCAAACGGACCGAUGGGCGGCUUUGCACCGCCGGUAGAAGACCAGUUCACCUCCAUCGAGCUGACCAGCGCGGACCGCCCGGGCCUCCUCUCGGAGGUGUGCGCUGUGCUCGCCGCCCUGAGCUGCAACAUCGUGAAGGCCGAGAUCACCGACGAGGCCACCAGGCUCGCCAUCCACGAUGCGGGCCGGUUGUCCAGGGUGCAGGAGCUUCUCUGCAACGUGAUGCAAGGCAACGGCACGUGCAACCGUGGCGGCACGGGCGUGUCUGUGGGCGCCGCACGCGCGGAGAGGCGCCUGCAUAAGCUGAUGCUGGAGGACCGCAGCGGUGGCGGUGGCGAGGAGGCUGUUGGCGGCGGUGAGGAGAGGGGUGGCUGUGGCAAGGCGAGGCCCAAGGCCACCAAGGUCGUGGUGAUGGACUACACGGAGAGGCAGUACACGGUGGUGAUCCUACGGUGCAGGGACCGGCCGAAGCUGUUGUUCGACACGCUGUGCGCGCUCAACGACCUGCAGUACGUCGUGUUCCACGGCACGGUUGACGCCGAGGGAGCCAGCAAGGACGCCUACCAAGAGUACUACAUCCGGCACGUCGACGGCCACCCGUUGCGCUCCGACGCCGAACGGACCUGCUUCGUCCGGUACCUGGAGGCCGCUGUUGAGAGGCGCGCGUCCAACGGGCUAGAGCUGGAGCUGAAGGUGAGGAUGGAGGACAGGGUGGGCCUGCUGUCGGAGAUCACGCGCAUGUUCCGGGAGAACAGCCUCUCCAUCAUCAGGGCGGCGAUCACGACCAAGGACGGCAAGGCGGAGGACACGUUCUAUGUGUCAGACACGUACGGCAACCCCAUCGACGGCAGGGCCAUAGACGUAGUGGGCGAGCAGCUUGGGCACGCCGUGCUGAGGGUGAAGCGCGGCGGCCACGACGCGUCGGUCAAGCAGGCCGAGGGCGGCGCAGUGUUCGUCCUGGGCAGCCUGCUCAAGGGCUCCUUCCAGGGUCUCAGGCUCAUCAGAUCCUACUCGUAA